AAUGACUGAUGCCAGACGAAAGCACCUUAGAUGAAUUUACUUCGGUUUUGAACCCCUUUAGUUUCUACUUCAUUCGCAAUGGACAGGCCAUUAUUAGAAAUGUCCUCAACAUUAAAUGGUUUGCUUGUGGCUCUUGUUCUCCUUGUAAUUAUAGAUGCACAAGGUCCUCCUGAUCCAUGUAUUCCUGCAGCCAAAGUUCGGAAGAACUCUUUUUUGAUAGUCACCAGUAAAAGCCAGUCAAGAAUCUCUUGUCCUGUGACAUAUUGUGAAAAGAUUCCCACUAUUAAAUGGGUUAAAAUUUCUGAUAUGGACACGUGGACGCAACUCUAUGAAACAGAUCAAAUAACAAUUACAGAGGAACAGUCUAAUUCUGGUUUGAAAGAAGUCACCUCACACCUGAGCUUCAAGAGCAUAUCGAAAUAUGACAGUGGAGUCUAUAGAUGUAAAAUUGUUGUAUCUAGCUUUUCAUCAGAAAGCCACAAUAUCAAUGUAUCUGUUUCAGCCGACUCCUUUGCCAUCAUUAAUAACGCAACUGGAGAGACCACAGGUGGAGACAGUAUUGGGUGGCUUCCCUACAUUUUCAUUUGCUCAGGAAUAAUAGGUCUGGUCACUGUUGUUCUGUUGAUCUCUUUCCUGAGCAUAUAUGGAUGUAGAUGCUCAAAAGCCCACAGACAACAACAUGCAGCAUCAUGCCUUGUGCCACCCAAUCAGAACCUCGCACAUGGUGGAACGGGCUGUUCCCAGGCCAGAAUACAGCAACCAAAUAAAGUCACAGAGAUGGAAGAGCCUGACAUCUCACUGUGUUCAGGGAUGGGUCAGGGGCAUACACUGCAUAGGAGCAGAGACCUCCAAGAGAACAGCACAGUGAGCAGGUCACAGCAGAUUGUGUAUGCCUUUCUUGAACAUCUCCCACCUAGGACAUAUUCUGGAUCUGGAAAUCAACUCAAAGGACAACUCUCAGAAUAUGCCUCACUCCGAAUAUGUUAAAAACCUUUUGCAAUAAAGAGGGAAAUUGUA